GCAGCUGCAGAAGCGCUCCAGUCGCUGGGAGUGGUGGACUCAAUUCUUCACUCACUGGCUUUUGCUGAUGAAGGCAUUGAAAGGAGCAAGUCUGUACCGGGACAAGUUUAAGACACUUUGAAGGAUUUUAAACUUUGAUUUCCCUUCCUCCCCCCAAAAUAACACAUUCUGUCAGCUGUUCACCUGUGGAGGAUGGAAAAGUGACGACUUUUCCCAUAUCAGAGGCCAGCUGUUCUUGAAGGUGCAGGAUGAAAAGAUGGCAGAACUCCUUGUGCCAGCAGGUCCUGACAACUUUCGCCCCUUCACCCGCGAGUCACUCAAAGUUAUCAAGAAACGAAUCGCUGAGAAAAAAGCGAAGAAGUCCAACGAUGAAGAGAAAACACACAAGAAUGAGGAUGAGCUCAAACCAAGCCGUGAUCUGGAGGCAGGCAAGCCUCUCCCACUUUUGUAUGACAUUCCUGCAGGCCUGGUGUCAAAAGCGCUGGAAGACCUGGAUCCCUACUACUCAAAACAAAAAACUUUUAUAGUAGUAAACAACAAGAAGCUCAUUUACCGAUUCAACGCUGCUCCUGCCUUGUACCUCCUGUCUCCCUUCAAUCCCAUUAGAAAGCUGUCAUUCAAAAUCCUGGUGCAUUCAUUGUUCAACAUGCUAAUCAUGUGUACUAUCCUCAUCAACUGUGGAUUCAUGACUCUCAACAAUCAACCUGAUUGGGCAAAGCCAGUAGAGUACACAUUUACUGCAAUCUACUCCUUUGAAUUCAUUGUUAAGGUUUUAGCAAGAGGGUUCUGCAUAGGGAAGUUCACCUUCUUAAGAGACCCUUGGAACUGGCUGGACUUCUGUGUCAUUGUUCUGGCGUAUGUAACUGAGUUUGCCGACAUCGGAAAUCUUUCAGUUCUUCGUACAUUCAGGGUGCUCAGAACAUUAAAAGCGAUUUCAGUAAUACCAGGUCUAAAGACAAUUGUUGGUGCAUUAUUCCAGUCAGUGAAGAAGCUUGCUGAUGUUAUGAUCCUGACCGUUUUCUGCUUAAGUGUCUUUGCACUUGUAGGAUUACAGCUGUUUAUGGGAAAUCUGAGGAACAAGUGCAUAAUAAUACCAGAAGAUAAAACUUUAACAACCAAUGAGAGCUACUUAAAUGACCCAAAAAAUCAUUAUUUCCUUCCAGGGAAACGAGAUGCAUUGCUGUGUGGAAACAGCAGCUCUGCUGGGCAGUGUCCAGAGGGGUAUAUGUGUUUGAAAGCUGGAGGAAACCCAGACUAUGGUUACACAAGUUUUGAUAACUUUGGUUGGGCCUUCCUUUCUCUGUUCAGACUGAUGACACAGGAUUACUGGGAAUAUCUUUAUCAGCAGACAUUGCGAGCAGCUGGGAAACCCUACAUGAUCUUUUUCGUUCUGGUUAUAUUCCUUGGUUCCUUCUACUUGAUCAACUUAAUUUUGGCUGUAGUUGCUAUGGCCUAUGAGGAGCAGUGCCAGGUCAACCUAAAGAAAGCUCAGGAGAAGGAGUAUGAAUAUAAUAUUGCCAUUGAGCAGCUAAAACGUCAACAAGAGGAUGUUCAGGCAAUGGUAAAAGCAGCUACAGCAAGGAAUGGAGAUGCUUUGGAGAAAGGUGGUGGAACAGAGAGUUCCUCAGAAGUAUCUAAGCUGAGCUCAAAAAGUGCCAAAGAGCGUCGCAACAGGAAAAAAAAGAGAAAAGAGGAGGAAAAAGGAGCCAGGAAGAUAUCUCAUUCAGAUUCACUGGACAGCUUACCAGCAAACCGUUUCCGCUUAUCUGUGGAUGAAUAUCCGCUCAACUAUGACAUGAAAUGUUCAUCUACACACCAGUCCUUUCUAAGUUUUCGUGGACCACUGAUCUCAUCCAGAAGAAACAGCAAAAUCAGCCUUUUCAGUCUCCAAAGCCAAACACAAGAUGUCUCUUCAGAAAAUGAGUUUGCAGAUGACGAGAACAGCAUUUUUGAAGGCAAACUGAGUUGGAGGGCAUCCCCAUUGAAUGCCUCAAGAUGCGAUAGACACAACAGCAGUGUGAGCCAGUGCAGCUUCUUACCACAUCUCCAGUUUCAACCCUUUGGGAUCAGGCACAGCUCCAUAGACUGCAAUGGGGCUGUUUCCCUGUUGGACGGGAAUUCAUUUCCAACAUCACUACCUACAGGGCUUCUUCUUUCUAAUCCGAGAAUAGAUUCGGCCUCCUCCGGAAACAAUGCUGACACCACAGACACUGAAGGCAAACCGGCCAGUGGGGAAAACUACCGCAACAGUUUGGAGUUACCUGAGAUGAGACAGAGAGCAUUAAGUAUAGCUAGUGUCAUCACAACCACCAUGGAAGAACUUGAAGAAUCAAGACAGAAGUGUCCUCCUUACUGGUACAAAUUUGCCGACAAAUUCCUCAUCUGGGAGUGUUGUCCAGUAUGGAUGAAAAUCAAAGAAAUAGUCAAAAUAAUUGUGAUGGACCCAUUCACAGACCUAGCCAUUACCAUGUGCAUUGUACUCAACACAAUUUUCAUGGCCAUGGAGUUUUAUCCAAUGGAUAAGUGGUUCACUGAUAUGCUGUAUGUAGGAAACCUGGUGUUCACGGCCAUCUUUACAGCAGAAAUGGUCCUCAAGGUCAUUGCACUGGACCCCUACCACUACUUUCAAGUGGGAUGGAACAUUUUUGAUGGAGUCAUAGUUUGCUUAAGCUUGAUAGAGCUCUCUCUGGCUGAUGUAAAAGGCAUGUCCAUUCUGAGGUCAUUUAGAUUGCUGAGAGUGUUCAAGUUGGCCAAGUCCUGGCCCACUCUUAAUAAGCUCAUCAAAAUAAUUGGUAAUUCAGUGGGAGCCUUGGGCAACCUGACCCUGGUGCUAGCCAUCAUUGUUUUUAUCUUUGCUGUUGUCGGCAUGCAGCUGUUUGGAAAAUACUAUAAGGAUUGUGUGUGUAAAAUCUCUGAAGACUGCACUCUUCCUCGGUGGCACAUGAAUGACUUCUUCCAUUCAUUCCUCAUUGUAUUCCGAGUGCUUUGUGGAGAAUGGAUAGAGACCAUGUGGGACUGUAUGGAGGUGGCUGGAAAAACCCCAUGUCUCAUUCUCUACAUGACGGUCAUGGUCAUUGGAAAUCUUGUGGUGCUGAACUUGUUCCUGGCCCUGCUGCUGAGUUCAUUCAGUGCAGACAAUCUGAUGUCAGGAGAGGAUGACAAUGAGCUCAACAACUUGCAGAUUGCAUUUGAUCGCAUACACAGGGCCAUUGCCUUCAUUAAAAUGAAGUUUCGAAGUUGUUCCAACAGUUUCUGCAUCAAAGAUAAAAAAACAAGUGAGGACAAAACAUUUGGACAUAAUGGUGUCCCCAAUCAUACCAUUAAAGACUUAACUAAGAACAGCAAUGGUGAAGUGACCGGAGUGGACAAAAGUGGAAACAAGUACAUAGUCAACAGCAAGAGUGACGAUUCCAUCAUGUCUUUCAUAAAUAACCCAAGUCUGACUGUGACUGUUCCCAUUGCUGCGGAAGAGUCAGACUUUGAAAUGCUUAACACUGAGGACUUCAGCAGUUUUUCAUCCAACAUACAGGAACGUGAAAUGGAUGACAAUGGUGAUGACAAUGAUGGACAAAGCAGUGCCUCUGAGGGAAGUACAGUGGAUGAUGGUUUGUCAAAUGGAGAGCCUGCUGAGCUUGUACUUGAUGUAAAAGUAUUUAAGGAUCCGCAUGAUUGCUUUACUGCUGAAUGCACCCAGAAAUUUAAAUGUUGCCAAGUAAAUGUGAAUGUGGGUUGGUGGAAAGUGUGGUGGACUCUAAGAAAAACCUGUUAUCGGAUAGUGGAGCACAACUGGUUUGAGAGCUUCAUCAUAUUUAUGAUUUUGCUCAGCAGUGGCGCACUUGCUUUUGAAGAUAUAUACUCUGAGCAGAGGAAGAGAAUUAAAGUGAUCUUGGAAUUUGCAGACAAAAUUUUUACCUUUAUCUUCAUACUGGAGAUGCUUCUGAAAUGGAUGGCAUAUGGAUUUGCCAAGUAUUUCACAAAUGCAUGGUGCUGGUUGGACUUCCUCAUUGUUGACGUCUCUCUGGUCAGUCUAGUGGCUAAUGCUUUAGAAUACUCAGAGCUUGGGCCAAUCAAAUCUCUGAGAACGCUGAGAGCUCUGCGGCCCCUAAGAGCUCUGUCACGGUUUGAGGGCAUGAGGGUGGUAGUCAAUGCCCUGAUGGGAGCCAUUCCUUCCAUCUUUAAUGUUCUGCUGGUAUGCCUCAUUUUCUGGCUCAUCUUCAGCAUCAUGGGAGUAAACCUAUUUGCAGGGAAGUUCUAUACCUGUGAAAAUAAAACUUCAGAAAAGGCUUUCCUCCCGAAAGAGGUGAAAAACGAAACAGACUGUAAAGCUUUAGGGAAUCAGACUGCCAUAUGGAAGAAUCUCAAAGUCAACUUUGACAAUGUUGCAAUGGGCUACCUUGCUCUUCUGGAAGUUGCUACAUUCAAAGGAUGGAUGGAUAUCAUGUAUGCUGCUGUGGAUUCUCAGAGCAAAGUAGGAGAACAGCCAGAAUAUGAAAUCAACUUGAAGAUGUACCUAUAUUUUGUUGUUUUCAUCAUCUUUGGGGCAUUUUUUACCCUAAAUCUCUUCAUUGGUGUCAUUAUAGACAAUUUCAAUCAACAAAAGAGAAAGUUAGGAGGUCAAGACAUCUUCAUGACUGAUGAGCAAAAGAAAUACUAUAAUGCUAUGAAAAAGCUGGGAUCAAAGAAGCCACAGAAACCAAUCCCAAGGCCAGAAAACAAGCUUCAAGGAUAUGUUUUUGAUUUUGUCACUCAACAAGCAUUUGAUAUUUUAAUAAUGGUUCUGAUAUGGUUAAAUAUGGUAACUAUGAUGGUGGAAACCGAAGGACAAAGUGAUGAAUGGGAGCGAAACCUCAGGAUCAUUAACAUAGUGUUUAUUGUUAUCUUCUCUGGAGAAUGUUUGCUAAAGAUGAUUGCACUUCGCCAUUAUUUUUUCAUCAAUGGCUGGAAUAUUUUUGAUUUCAUUGUGGUGAUCCUCUCAAUUGUUGGCAUUUUUCUUGCAAAUGUGAUAGAGAAGUAUUUUGUCUCACCAACCCUGUUCAGAGUGAUUCGACUGGCUAGGAUUGGUCGCAUCCUUCGCCUUAUUAAAAGUGCCAAAGGGAUCCGCACCCUCUUGUUUGCCUUGAUGAUGUCACUUCCUGCCUUGUUCAACAUUGGCCUCUUGCUAUUCUUGGUGAUGUUUAUCUAUGCCAUCUUUGGCAUGUCAAACUUUGCCUAUGUCAAGAAAGAAAAAGGCAUCGAUGACCUUUUUAAUUUUGAGACCUUUGGCAACAGCAUAAUCUGUUUGUUUCAAAUUACCACAUCGGGAGGCUGGGAUCUCCUUCUAGCUCCCAUCCUGAACAAGAACCCGGACGAUUGUGAUUCUACAAUGGAGCAUCCUGGUAGUAAUAAUGCUAAAGGAAAUUGUGGAAAUCCAGCAGUGGGAAUCACCUUCUUUGUGAGUUAUAUCAUUAUUUGUUUCCUUAUUGUUGUGAACAUGUACAUUGCAGUCAUCCUGGAGAAUUUUGGCGUGGCUACAGAGGAAAGCACUGAGCCAUUAAGCGAGGAUGACUUUGAAAUAUUUUAUGAGGUCUGGGAAAAGUUUGACCCUCUUGCAACACAGUUUGUGAAGUGCAGCAUGCUUUCAGACUUUGCAGAUUCUUUAGCUGCACCAUUACGUAUUCCUAAGCCCAACAAAUUGGAGCUCAUCUCUAUGGAUCUACCAGUUGUGAGUGGUGACCGGAUUCACUGCCUGGAUAUCCUGUUUGCCUUUACAAAACGUGUUUUGGGUGAGAGUGGGGAGAUGGACAUACUUAGGGCCCAGAUGGAGGAGCGUUUCAUGGCUGCAAAUCCAUCGAAGGUGUCGUAUGAACCCAUCACAACCACCUUCCGCCAAAAACAGGAAGACGUGUCAGCUGCUGUUAUUCAGAGAGCUUUCAGACUUUAUAGUAGGACCAAGAUUUUUGAUGCAGUCCGUGUUGAUGUUGAAAAGGACAAACAGCUGACUGACAAAGAAGAUUGUUUUACAAAAAAACCUAAGAAACUCUCUACCACCCAUAAAGCUGAAGUCUCAGGGUUGAAGGACUCAGAGCCUUCAAGUACAAGUGUAACACCAAAUGUGAACAGCAAACAUGAAAAGGACAGAAGUGAAAAGGAAGUUGAGAGCAAAGACAUCACGGAACAAGACAAAUAAAAAAAAAUGGAAGAGCAAAACAAACUUUAGAAAUUGAAAAAAAAAAUGUUUACAGCGUUUGAAAUAAAAUUCUUCCCUUUGGACUAUUUUGCAGAAAUUGGUAUAAUUAUUUAAAGUAUUUUUAAAUACAAAUUAAUUAUCGCUUUGAUGACUAUUGCAGCUACUCCGGUGAUUAUGCAGUACCAGUUUUUAUUAAGUGACUUAUUUAUUUUCAAACAGAGAAUGGUUUCAUGCUAUAUGCAUUUAAUUUGUCAGUCAGUUGCCUUUUUAUAAAACCCAUUUUACUUUUAGGGUGGUUCUUUAAAGUUUCAUUUAGAAAGGGUAUUCUGAUUUCAGACCAGCCUUAAUUACUGUGCUAAGAAUGUCUGCUAAAGCCACUUCUAAUUCUGCAUGAAUGUUUCUCUUCAUGGCUAUGCAUGCCAAAGAGUGCAGUUUCACCAUGAGUUUAAUUCCAGGCUGUAUGCUACAAAACUAUGGCUGAAAAACAUCAAGACUGCUGAUUUUUUGUGUUGAUCAGUAUCAGGACAGUAACCCUUAAAAAAACUGCACUUUUUCUAAUCAUUGAAGACGAUUAUGUAUUCUGGGUUACACACAUAUAUAACAAAAAAUAAAUUAAUCAUGCACAUCCGUGUAAGCAAACUUGUUCUACAAGUAAAGCAUUUAAUUAAUUUUUAAAUAAAAACAAAAAUUAUAAUCUUGUUUGCCUUAGUAUUUACCUAAAGACAGAUUUCUUGACUGUUGCAGGGAAGCUAAUUGUUUUGAAAAGUUUCACUGACCCUAAAAUAAUGGCUUCUUCAUUCUCUGUCUCUUGGUGAUGUAAAUUAAUAUUCUAAUUUAAAUAAUCAUAACAUUGUUUGAUAUUAUAAAAUUCCAUUUUAAAUAAGGAACUAAAUAUACUGUGUAUGUUGUAUGGUAUGUAAUAAGAUAUUUGGAUAUGAACUAAUGAGAAUAAAGCUCUGUGAAAGACUUCUGGUAGAAUUGGGAAUACACUGUUUUCCAGUAUACCUUUCAAUUUUUAUCAUAGAAAAUAUCAAAGAUGGCUUUGAUGGCUCAGGUUGUUAUGAAGAAUCUCAAGGAAAUUGUAUCACACACGUCAUGUGAUCAAUGCCAUUUCCUGCCUCUGUUUACAUUUUAUAUUGUUGUUAAGUUGUUACCUGAUCUGGUGGGGAAGACAUUAAGGUUCCAUUGAUGUAAUUGCUUUUUGCAUGGUGUUUUACACGUUAUACUCAAUGAAAGAGUGUUUUUGUUAUAUAAACUUCUGCUGAUUGUAUAAAUCCAUCCUAUUUGAAAUGCAUCAAGAUACCUGCAUGCAAGACACUGAUGUAGCACAUUUUAUUUAAAAGGGUAAAGGUUUAAAUAAAGAUUAUAAGUAUGUCAA